CAAUGUGGGCAGUAUAACAGUGGCCACGCGGUUUUGUGAUGAAAAGCAAAACAUCGCGGAAAAGCGACUGAAGAACCAAGUUAAAAUCCGUGCUGGACAAUGGGGAAGACGCGGAAGCAGCGUGUGCGCAACGGCAGGGCGGAUCCCAUCGGGCAGCCGGAGCUGGAGGAUCUUGUGACCGCCAUAAAGUCCGAUGGACCAGUGCCUGUGAUUCUCGAUCAGCUGCAGUCUCCCAGCGUGGAGGAGAAGCUCAGCGGGCUGCAGAUGCUGUCCACGAUAUGUCAGAGUCAGCAGAACAUCAUUGACAUCCUGGAGAGUGAUGUGAUCCGCGUGGCUGCGCCGCUUCUCAUGGACAGAUCGUCGUCGGCUCUGCGUCAAGCCGCUGCGGGAGCCUUCCGGAACAUGUCCCUGUGUGGCAUGGAGAUGUGUGAGGUGCUGGUGGAGCAAGAUGUGCUCACGCCUCUGCUGCAUUUAUUAAAGAUUUACGCAGAGAAAGUGGACUGGACGCCCACUUUCGACGCCCAGCUGGGCAAUCAGCCGGACGAAGUGUCAGACGCAUUCCUGCAGGCGGUGAAUCUGCUGUGGAAUCUCUGCGAGAGCACAUCAAUCGCCGUGGAUGUGUUCAACCAAGCUGACCUCCUGGAGAGCUUCGUUAGAUGCCUGAAUUUUGAGGCCUUCGGAAUGGAUAUCGCCAUUGCGGUGUGUCAGUGCCUGUUGAUCAUCUCUGAAGACAAUCCCACGUCCUGGAGAGUGCUGAGCUCGUGUGGAGCGGCCCUUGGCAAUCUCCUGGCACUCGAGGGAGGCUUCCCAGAAGUUCUGCUGCGCACCCUGGCCGCGGGAAUCAUGGCAAACAUCCCGGCGCUCUCUGAACCCUAUCUUCAGCAGAUCCUGACUUCCCUCGCGCGCACGCUGGAUGAGAAUCACCGCACAGUGCUGUCCACCUUGACUAGCGACCUGCCUCUGCUGCAGAAGCAGGACGUGCCGGAGCUGGAAGUGACUGAGGAGAGUCGCAGGAUGGAAGUGGAGGAAAGCGACGCGGCGGCUGCUCGUCGACGGCGCAUGGCGGACCUUCCGACGCCGCUGGAGACCAAAGUGAAGCACGUGGGCUGGCUGCUGGAAGCCCAACGAGUGGCCGGAGAGACUCUGACCAAUCUCUCGUCCGCCGACGACGAGAACAACGCGGAAGACUUUGACGAAGAGUCCGAUGCCGAGAGUGUGAAUGACUUCGAGAGUUCCUCUUCGGGAAAUCUUCAGUCGUGCGACAAACUGCCCGUGGAGAUUCUCGAGGGCAUCAAGUCCCUCAGCAUCAUCGAGAAGCUGUGGCAGAGAGCUCAGCCUGUGCCUGAGAAUGUCUAUCACAUUCUGAAGGAGUGCGAAUCUAGUCUGACGAAGAAGCUGAAGACUCUCCGCAUCUCUGCUCUGCUCUGUCUGCAGAACCUGUGCAACACCAUGUCGAUUGAGGACUUGGGAGGCGCUUCGGCCAUCUACAACGUGUGGCUGGAUUUGGGCCAGCAGGUCUUCCAGGGUGACAAUGAUGCGCAUCUGCUCGAGGCUUCCACGGCGCUCAUGAGGGCCUCUCUUGAGCACCUGCGCGGCUGUCCUGAGCUCUUCGAGAAGAUGACUCAGAGUGACUUGCAGCUGAUGCUGAAUGGCGUGGAGAGUUGCUCAGAAGCGGAAAUCCGGGCCAAUUGGCUGCGAAUGCUGGGAAUUCUCGGAUGUCUGUUGCCUGAGAAUCUCGUGAAGGUCAUCAUGACGUUCAUAAUCGAGACGAGCCUCAAGGAGAACGACGCCUGGGCCAUUUCUGAAGCUGUGGACGCCCUGAUGGACAUGUUUUCGGACAACGACUGGCUCCAGAUUGUCCACGAGGUGAAUCUGGUGCAGAAAUCACGCGAGCUCGAGCGCCUGCUCAAGGCGAAGCUCCGGAUGCAGAAGAGGGACUUGGGAGAUCGCUAUCCAGCUGUGGCGACGGUGAGGACCAACCUGGCGAGGUUCACCAAGUACAUCGAGGCGGGACUGAAGAAAUACAAAGCUCAGACGUAAUGAAUAGUCUUCAAUUGAGCUG